AUGCCUGCCAAAACAUCUCAGUACCCCUCUGAGAACGAGGGUAUUGACUCUAUGACUGAAUCUGGCUACGCCAGCAGUGGCUCCAGUGUCGACUAUACUCCUGAGAUUGUCUUCACCAAGCCCCAUCUUAAGUUCCUUAACCGCCAGUUGCAAUUCCUUGAGCCUCAGGAUAUCUUGAGAUGGUGCAUCACAUCUCUUCCCAAUCUCUUCCAGACAACUGCCUUCGGCCUGACUGGCCUGGUGACUCUGGACAUGCUCUCUAAGUUGGAAGUGCCCCGACCCCAGAUGGUCGAUCUCAUCUUCCUCGACACAUUGUACCAUUUCGACGAGACCCUGGCUCUGGUUGACCGUAUCCGGGAACGCUACCCUCACAACAAUAUUAACGUAUAUAAGCCUGCUGGCGCCGAGACUGCCGCUGAAUUCGAAUCCAAGUAUGGUGCUAAACUUUGGGAAACUGAUGACCAACUCUACGACUGGGUUGCCAAGGUUGAGCCCGCCCAGCGUGCUUACCGUGAACUCAAUGUCCACGCCGUGCUUACUGGUCGCCGCCGUAGCCAGGGCAACAAGCGUGGUGACCUCGACAUCAUCGAAGUCGAUGAGGCGGGUCUAAUCAAGAUCAACCCCCUGGCCAACUGGUCUUUCGAUCAGGUCAAGCAAUACACCAAGGAACACAACGUCCCCUACAACGAGCUUCUCGACCGUGGCUACAAGAGCGUUGGUGACUGGCACUCCACUCAGCCCGUUGCUGAAAACGAAGAUGAGCGAUCUGGCCGCUGGAAGGGACAACAAAAGACUGAGUGUGGAAUCCACAACCCCCGAUCCAAGUACGCCCAGUACCUGAUGGAGAUGGAACGCAAGCGUCAGGAAGAAGCCGUUACACAGGUAUUGAACUCGCAACUGUCUACCGCUGCGCAGUAA